AUGGAGGAAGACGAGGACACGUUGAACACGCAGCGCAUCGCUGAGAUCAGGAUGUUGACGUCAAGUCCGGCUACACUGGCUCUGGCGCCGCCCGACGCGUCGCGUCUGCCUGACCUCUCCGCCCCAGCACCGGCCAACCACAAGCCUCCAAUCGCCGCUAUUGCCAUCGACCACGACCAUCACCCCCACAGCUCCGGCCUUCACGACUGCUCACGCACUACAUCACCGUCGUCUCCGCCAGGUGCAUGCGAUCCGCAGCCCAAAGACAGCUGCACCGCACGUCAUUACCGCCACCCCCGUCGCUCGCCCGCCCUCAAUGCCCAUCCGAUCCCGCACUUGACGCCGUACCGAUCCGCUCCGCUUGCCACUACCGCGACCGCGCUGCUCGACGCGACGCACUACACCCCGCUCAGGAUGUUCAAUUCAUUCAGCGGGUUUGAGGGUGACACCCAGCCCAUAGACUCGCAGCUGUACCGAGAUCACUCGGCCGGGCUGCACGCUAUGAUCGCGCAUAAAGUUGCCCCAGGUGUAGCCGACAACGCCGACCAGACACAAGAGGAUGCCGAGCAGGCGACUUAUGUCGAUGGUCAUGCGGGACAUGUCGACCUUCUCAGCGACUGGCGAAGCCCGGAGAAGAAGCGUGAUGCUGCCGAGUCGCAGAUGUCAUUCGACGGACCCGCUGAUGAUAUGGACGCAGACGAGCUUAGCCUAGAGGCGCCGACUCAAUUGGACGCCAUCGCACAGCCGCGAUUCGCGCAACCCGAGACGCCUGCGACCACUGGAAAGAAACGCAAUCGGCUUGGGGAGGUGCUGAGCUCAGCGACGCGCACACCCGGCUCCGCCAUCAAUCCGAACAUGUUCAACAAUGGCACAGGUGCUCCGAUAUUCUCUAUGAGCCAGGUGUUCAAUCACACUCAAGGGAACAACUCUUCGCCACAGCUUGAUGCUCGUCACUCCGAUCCCGUCUUCCAGCGCCCGUCGCCGAACCUCCAUAUGCGCUUCUCGUCUGAUGCUGCCGCGACCUUGUCUUCGCCUACCAAAACCUAUCACAGCCCAUUCUCUCGCGCAGCGACAGAGCCCAGAGAUACAUACACUUCCAUGAAAGAAUCUCAGGAAGCGCGCGAUCGCCAACGUAUGGCUGCCAUGGAAGCCGAGCUGGAGCAACUAAAGUCUGAAGGGUGGGAUGAGUUUGAGGACGAAGAUGCACAUCAGCAAAGAAAGAACGACAGAGCCAGGGUAGUGGCUCAGAUACAGAUGCUGAAGGAUCGCUUGAAAGACUCGAGUCCAGCCACGAUGAAGAAUCCUGCACUCACCAGGAGCGAUACAGCCUUGUUCACCCCUGCCAGAUAUACUAUCAAGCAGAAGAAUGUUGUAGAGAUAUCGGACGACGGAGAAGAUUCGGACUCAGAAGAUGAACUGGCGUCCGAUCCGCCAACUGUCCAAAAGCCGUCCCAGCCAAACGGCGUUCAAGUGCCCAUGACUUCCUCGCGGCCGCGGAGCUCUGGAAGAAGUGGGCAGGUCCGUGAUACUGGAUCUCCUUUGGCUACACACGACAUCUCUAGCAGUCAAAUAAGUGCCAGGAAGAGUCAGAGCCAUGUCAACCAAACGUUCAAAAGACUUCUCGAAGGUGGGGAGGAGGUGGCGGUUGCUGAUUCUCAACCACACAACUCGCAGAUCCAGGAGGACAGCAAUCCAAUGCCGAACCAUCUGCCUGACACAUCGUCUCUGGACGUCCGCAUUGCCCAAUCGCAAUAUUCAGUCAUGACAGACGGUAAACGCGCAGAGGUGGAUGCACACAUAAGCAAGACGCUCAAGACAUCGUCUAUUCCACAGCCACCCGCCAACACCAGUCAGAUGAUUAGGGCGAUUGAUGACAGCGGAUACGCGGAAGAAGCGGAAAAGGAGAUUCCAAGUAGCCCGCCGGUGUUUCAGCCGGCUGACGAAAAGGACGAGGGGGACCGUGAAAGCCAUGAAGACCGUGACGGCUUGGACGUGAAUGACGACUACGAUAAACCUGACUGUACCCAAAUGGAAGAGGAUGGAGAGGGUCCCGAUUACAUGGAUUCUUCCAGUAAAGGCAGUGAACAAGGAGAUGAUGAGGACGAAGUCGCCACUAUCGUCUCGCGUGUGGGCGAGGGUCAUGAUGAAGAUCAUGAGGAUAACUUGAAGGUGGAUGAGGUGGUCAUGGUGCAACAAGAGGAAGAGGUGCACAAAGUUCCUGAUGCUCGUGAAAAAGAUGAGGGGAAUAUCGGGCAAGAAGAGCCUAAUACCGCUGGUACCUCACCACGAUCAAAAAAGACGGUGGAGACGCAGAAUACCAUCCCCGAUACAGACCCGUUUGAUGAGGGUCCUAUUUCAUCCCCUCAACAAGAAUCAGCAGACCCCAAUGCCGCAAAUGCAGACCCUGCCCAGGAAACCGAACGCGACGCCGCGCAAGACACUGCACGAGCUACUGUACAGCAAGGAGAACAAAACAACGCUACGUCCAAUGCGACCGACUCUCGAAUGACGAAUUACAACAGCACCACACAACUACACUUAUCUACCCCAGCCUCACCUCGCAAGUCACAACAAAGCAAUCCGAUGCCAUCAAGCCAACGAACACCACGGUCUUCUCGUCCUGUACGCCGUCUCACCGAUAUUGCAGCAGAUCUUUCGCAACGCGACGAGCCGCUUGAGGAGCUUGAUGAUGCAAUGGACAUCUUGAAUGACGAAGACAAAGAAUUUACAAAAGUCAUGUCUUUAUCACGCCCCAACCAUGGCGGAUCGCCCUUCCGUCCUGCUAAACGCUUAAAGACGUACGGUCAUCGAGCCCUGCGCGAGUCACCCAAAAAGGCAAAUAGACCGCCAUCGGUGUCUCCCACUCCAGAAAAUGGGAAGGUGAUCCAGGAAGAGGAGAGGAACGAGAAUGAGCAAGCGGACGAAGACGAGAUGGUAUUCACCAAGCCUGCCGUUUUGAAGAAGGGAACAUUGGCCCGUCCAGCUGCGAAGUCCCCGUCCAAGAAGCGCUUGCCGAAAGACGCCAUAGCAGCAUCCACUGAGCCAAAAAGUGACCGUAAAAACGACACUGCCACUGAAAGGCUGCGGGCCCGGUCGAAGAAGGCGUCGAAGCUGAAGAGUGCCAAGGCUGCGGACUCCUCCAACGACAAAGGAAACCAGAAUGGUACUCCGCAGAAGUCGGUUGUAAGUGAGUACCAAGAACACCAUGAUGGUCCGUCUGCCUCUCGUCAGGAGAGCGCAGAAGAGAUUCUGGCCGUACCCACCCAGGUCGUUGCUCCCACCCGAGUGUUCGCGUUGUUCAAAGACCUAAAGUCCGCCUACCAUCCCGCCACUUGUCUUGGCCUGUCACUCGAUGGGCCCCAGUAUCGCAUACGCUUCGAUGAUGGCACUGUCGUAAAUGUCGAGAAGAUGCAUGUACGAAGCUGCGACUUGAAAGAUGGCGACGUAGUCAAAGUCGAUUUUCCUAACAUGCGAAAGAACUCGUACAUUGUACGGGGAUUCAAGGACAUUCUCUCUGCCGAGCAGAUUGAAGAGGCAUCUACACCAGAGACAUACACACCUACAGAUGUCCAUGGUGCCAAGACAGUCGUUCUUCAAGUCAAGCAGCAAAACAACGUGGGGGAGACCGUGGAAGUCCCUUUGACUUACCUCUACAUCACAAACUCCAUGUGGAUUCAUUUCAAUGAUCGCACUUUUGCCCACCCGUCUGAAUCUCUCGAAAUUAACGCGCGACCGCAGACGCCAUCAACAAACAUGUCUGCACCUGGUACGCCGGCUUCCGGUAAGACUCGCCGGACUGUGCUCCCGACACCUGGAGGGUCCGUUCAACGUCCUGUUACCGCUGCACCUGCAACUCUCGCUUCCGACCUCUUCUCUGGCAUGGCCUUCGCGUUGACAUUGCAUGGUCCCGACGACGAGCGAAACAGCAUCACCAAACUCAUUCUCGAGAAUGGCGGACGCAUCCUCGACCCUGGAUUCGAAACGCUCUUCUCAAGCAACGCCACCAGCGCAGCGAGUCCUACGAAGACUCCUCUCACCACCUCAAAGGCAUCCAAAGCCACAUCCGCCACCAAGAAGAAAGCUCCCGCCCAUUCCUCAGACUCGGUCCCCGCCACACUCACCCUGACCGCGCAGGCCAGCACCCUCGGCUUCGUCGCCCUCAUCUCGGACAAGCACUCGCGCCGCGCCAAGUACAUGCAAGCCCUCGCCCUCGGCCUCCCGUGCCUCUCGUACCACUGGCUCGUCGACUGCCUGUCCGCGCGCACCCUCCGCCCCUGGCACCUCUACCUCCUCCCCGCCGGCGAGUCGGCCUUCCUCUCCGGCGCCGUCCGCAGCCGCGUCUUCCCCUUCCCGCCCGCCUCCGCCUCGUCGUCACACCCGUACGGCCUGCCGGCCGGCGCCGCCGACGCCGCCGACGCCGACGCGAGGCUCGAGGCGGUGCUCGCCCGCCGCCAGCGCCUGCUCGACGGCAAGAACGUCCUCCUCGUCCUCACCAAGACGGAGCGCGGCCGCGCGUACCGGUUCCUGACGUCGGCCAUGGGCGCCAGGCGCGUCGCUUGGUGCCGCGAGGUGGGCGAGGCGCGGAGGCGGCUCGAGAGCGGGGAGGAGUGGGAUUGGGUGUAUGUGGACGGCGCGGAGGAGCAGCUCGUUUCUUGUCUUCCUGGCUCGGCGGCGGCGGCGGCGGCGGCUCCUGCUGCUGCUGCUGGGGCGGUUGGGGCGGGAAAGAAGAGGAAGCGCGGUGGUGCUGGCGGUGCUGGUGGUGCUGCUGCUGCUUCCGGUCCUGGCGCUGCUUCGUUCGCGUCGGCGGUUUCGGAGAGGACGGCGGGCGGUUCGGGUGUGGCGUCUUUUGCGGACGGCGUCGGCGCGGAGAGGGAAAGGGAAACGGGCGGGGUGAAGGAGGUUGAGGUGGGCGGGAGGAAGGUGAAGAUUGUGGGGGAUGAGUUUGUGAUUCAGAGCUUGAUACUGGGCGCUCUGAUCGAGUGA